AUGGGUUCCAGCAAGAUGGCCUCUUCUUCUGGGGAUUCGGGCGACUCUCCAUUGUCCGCAACUGAUUUCCGGACUUAUAAUCGUAUGUCGGAGCAAAUGGAAGGAUUCCACAGCCAUUUCCGUUUAACAUGGAACCAGCUCUGGGAGGCAUGCGAAAGCUCUGGAAAACGGGGACUCUCAGCCCGCCAGAUGAUCAUGAUGGGCCUUCAAUUCUGCUCACAAUUGGAUUUCCAUCACUCCAUCGAGGAGCAACACAUCUUCCCCGUGCUGGCGAAAAAGAUGCCCGAGUUUCGAAAGGAGCUCGAACUAUUGAGUCAACAUAGACAGAUUCAUGCGGGACUUGAGAAACUCGAGAAAUAUCUUGAGAAGUGUCGGUCCGGCGAGGAAGAUAUGCGCCGCGAAGAGGUCAAACGGUUGAUGGAGGGGUUUGGCAAGGUUCUGUGGACACACUUAGACCAAGAGGUUCAAACUCUUGGAGCUGCCAACAUGCGCAAGUUCUGGUCUCUUGCCGAGAUGCGUCGGCUUCCUAUGUGA